GAAGGAAAGAGAAAGAGAACGAGACAGGGAUCGUGACAGAGAUAGAGACAGAGACAGAGAAAAAGAAAGGGAAAGAGAUCGAGAACGUGACCGUGCAAGGGAUAGGGAUAGAGAAAGGGAAAGGGAUCGUGACCGUGAUAGAGAACGUCGCCAUAGCAGGGAAAGUAGGGAUCGGUUUGAAGAAGAAAGGCUUUCUACACAGGAGCCUCUACCAUCAAGAGGCCGACGCAGCAUUGAAGAAUGGGAUGAAAGAAGAUCAGAGAGGUCUGAUAGAUCUGGCCGCCGUCCCCGCACACCCCUGGACUCUCUGCCUGCCCCUGGGUCACCUUAUCGAGGAGACAACUUCAGUGAGGAAGGCAGCCGAGGUGGGACUCCUCGGGAAUACAGAGAGAGGGAGGCAAGAGAACGAGAGCGAGGUGAAAAUAGAGAAUUUGAAGCGAGGGAACCACACACUGUCUUGCCUCCACUCCCAACACCAGGAGACAUGGAGGCUAUUAGUGAUGAUGAAGACCUACCAGAUCUGCCUCCAGAAACAGGGGAAGUGGAAGAGGAAUACCAAGGGGAAGACUGCAUGGAUGAGAUAGGAAUGGAUGACAAUCAACAGGAUGAAAAUGUAGAAGAUGUGGAAGGAUUUAUGUAUGAGGAAAUCAUGAGUGACGAGGAAGACAUACCUGAGUAUCCAUACACAGAGGAGUGGCUUAUGGAAGAGUGGGAGGACUGGCUGAAACCCUUUUCACAAGACCAAUUUCACCUUAUGGAGAUGAACCAUCUUGUUAGUCCCACCCUCACAGAGUACCAGGUGGAGCACCAGAAGUGGAAGUAUAGAUUUGAGAUGGAAGGGCCAGACUUGGAGGAGGAACCAACACAGGCUUCAAAACUGGAGAGCUUAUUAAUAGAGACAGCUAGUCCCACUUCCCUCCCAGAAGAGAGCCUGCUGGAUGCAGAAGCAGGUGAAGCCAAUGAGGAAGUUGGGGAAAAGUGGGUGCAAACCAUGGAGAAUGUGUGUCAGCUUAUUCCCAAAGGUUUGCCAUUCCUUGUGGCCAAGAAUGGGGAAGAUAUUGUAUCAAAGUUGUGUAAUUGGGUCAACAUUGGACUAGACUUUGACAUUGCCCUGAGUCAACAACAGCCAGUUUAUAAGAUCCGUCAUGUGAAAGCUGGAGUACGCCUAACCCACUUGUUACUACAGUGUUCAUGUGAGGUGACAAAGCAACUCUUAGAAAACAAUAUAAUGGAUAAGCUAUAUGAUCUUUACCACAAGCCACACAUGGCUCUUUCUAUCAAGCUUCUCAUUCUUAAGACAAUAGAUGCAAUUACGAGAACAGAGCUAGGACUCCGUUACUUGUUAGGAGAACCUCUGAAGCUGACGUAG